UGAGUACUAGAGCCCGCUUCUCUGUUACCAUUCCUGGUUUAUCAUCGCGUUUAAUAAACAAUCACCGGAAGUAUAUCGCGUACAACUAUUACGAAGUAGCAGAAUUUUCAAAGUUCAUGCGAGGCGAUCACCACAAACAAAACUAGUGUGUGGCAAAAAGGAUGUCUUACACGUAAUGGAAACACGUAAUCAGCUCUUCAUCAGUGAACGGUGCCAUGUGUGUUGAUGAGGAUGGUCGAAUCCUGGCACUGGCAGGACACCGUACUCGCUGCUCUUUCCGUUGCUCUCAUCACUGUUACUGUCGUUGGCAAUAUGCUGAUAAUAGCUGCUGUGAUCACUACGCGUCGCCUGCGCACCGUUACAAACUGUUUUGUCCUGUCGCUCGCCAUCGCGGACUGGCUGGUGGGCUUCUUCGUUAUGCCUCUGGCUGUUACUAAACAUUUAAAUAAAGGCAAGUGGAUACUGGGUCAAGGGCUGUGUAUAAUUUGGGUGUUCUGCGAUGUCUGUGUAUGCACCGCCUCCAUCUUGAGUCUGUGCGCCAUCAGCAUCGACCGUUACUUCGCCGUCACUCAGCCACUCAACUACUCUCGCCGCCGUCGUUCCAAGCGGCUUGCAGCUCUCAUGAUCCUCUUCGUCUGGAUGGCAGCCAUCGUCAUCACUUGUCCUCCAAUGAUCUGGUUUCGCACAGACACCCCGUACCUGAACAACGAGACAGACGUAGAUUGCGACUACAGCGACCACAAGGGUUACGUGGUUUUCUCAGCAAUGGGGUCGUUUUUUGUGCCGCUGAUCGUAAUGUUGUACGUGUACGCUCGAAUCUCCUGCGUCAUUGCUGGGCGACACAAGGACAUCACUGCCAUCAACAAUCCUCCCCAAGUCAAGUGGCCACUCAAAUCUACUAAACAAUCAAGAAAGCCAAUGGCCUCAUGUCUAGAGGAAUCAGAUCUUGCCAGAGAAUCAUCAGAGAGCGAAGAGGUGGCUGUUAGAAUAUCAAGUGUGAUGACGACUCUUCCAGAGAACAGAUUGCCAGACCGGCGUCUACGGCUCUCAGACAACAGUACUAGGGUGUCAUCCAUCCGGCGGGAGAACAAGGCGGCUCAAACUCUUAGCAUCGUUGUUGGUGGCUUCAUAGCUUGCUGGCUGCCCUUCUUCGUCGCCUAUCUCAUCGCACCAUUUCUCAAGCCGACGAAUAUCCCGGAUGAGCUAAUGUUUGUUUUAAUCUGGCUAGGCUGGAUAAAUUCCGCCAUAAACCCAUUCAUCUACGCCUUCUACAGUCCAGAUUUCCGGUUAGCGUUCUGGAGACUGACAGUUCGACACUGUAUCCCACGCCAGGCAGCUUGUCGGCAGCUGAACAACUCAUCUCGCCAGAGCAUGCACAUGCGGGACAGUGUGUUAGGAUACCCUCGGCCAUGAUCUCAGCGUCAGUCCCGCCUCCUGCGGGACAGAGACGCCUGCGUCUGAUCCUCCUGGACAGCAUUUAUUGAUCUCAGAGAAACACCCAAAAUUUAUAUUUUGGGUUAAUGAACAUUUAUCUCAGAUAUAAAACAUUCUAGUCUCAUAGAGUUCCACGGUGUAUACUAAAAAACAUAUUGAUGGACCUGCGAUGUUAAUUUAUUUUCUUAUAAUAUGUCCGCUGCAGUAUUUAUAAAUAUUGGCUGCAGGACACUAUAAAUGUCGCAUGUGUUUGUUACAUGGAGCUGCUAUGUUUUGUCAAAUAAGUUGAUGAGAUUGUUACUUAUAAUAAGAUGUUUUGUAAGAUGUAUACAGAGAAAGGGACAUACAGCAAAAGAGCGCUUAAAUUCAAUUCAAGUUUUGUAAUAUAUAUAAUACUGCUUUAAGAGUGUCUAAGUAACAUGUAUGUAUUGUGUUCUGUAAAAAGGCUUACUUGUAUUUACAAGAUAUGAUUGAUAAAAUAAAUCACUGGGAGCAUUUACUUUUAACAUUUUCUAUAAUUAAAUAACAGAUGAAUGGUUUUGCAUAAAUUGGAUUACAGGUAUAUUGUAAGGUUAACUAACAGUUAAAUUGACUUAAUUAAGUAUGUGCAAUAUCAAUGCACAUUCAAACUGGCUGGUUAAUACUAUUAUUCUAUGUUCGGAUAUCUCUCUACAACAAUUUUCCUAAACAAAAAUUUUAAACCAUUCAGAAACAAUACCUAUUUUUAAAAAAUGCAAUUUUAAACAAAUCAGUUUUCUCAUUUGUAUAUUUAAAAAUAAUUCAAAGUUUUAAUAGUAAUAACACAUUUCUUUGUUAAACUGCUACACAUAAGUCAAAACAUCAAUAAACACAUAACACUUUUACUUAUAAUCAGUUGGUAAUCAAUGAUUGGACAUUUAUCACUAAUAUUCUAAUAAAUAAGUAAGAGAUAUAAAUAUCUUUUAUUAUCACAUUUUAAGAAGGGUCUACCAUAAUUAUUGUAACGGCAAAUCUUACACUUCAUGUUUCUAUGUAGUUUUUAAAAGUAAAACAUGUAAUAUAUAAAUAGAAGUCUCUCGCAUAAGAUUUAUAUUUACAAAGAGGAAAAGACAUAAGUCGGUUUUACAUACUGCUCAGUUAAAUUUUAUUUCAGUAGAAGGAGAUUUUUCUGAUAACUAAAGCGAUUUAUACGAAAAAUAGAGGAUAUAGAAAUUAGAAUUCACGUGGAAUUCAGUUAUACCUAAAACUAGCCACGUAAGUGCAAAAAAGCAUACAAAUUGCUGGUUGAAAGUCAUUCUUGUAAAUGGUGUACAUGCAUACAUAAUAUUUUAUAUAUGGCUCUAGAUGUAAGAAUAUACAAUUGUUGUAAAAUAGCACCAUCAUUAGUAUUCACUGUAAGAUUGGUGUAAUUUUUAUAUCAUUAGGCUAAAUAGAUUUUAUCGCAAGUUUUAAGUGUCGUGU